AUGUCCGGUCCCCUUGCCUUGGGCCACUCUAAAUCCCCAAAGAAAUGGAUAUCCAAGAUCUUCCGGACCAAGUCUAUCUCGACCGUCGAUACUGCCGACGCUGCAUCCAUGAUCGAGCCGCUGGUUGGAGAGGCCCUCGAAUCUGUCAAGGCCACUUCGGCCGAUGAACGUCAGACGUUUGUCAGUUUGAUGGAGAGGGCACAGACAAUGGAUCCGGAGGAGUUCCGAGCAUAUUUGAGAGAACAUCAGAAGAAGGAGAAUGAGAAAUACCGUCAUAUGGGAGGUGGACCCAGACGCGGAUAUAUUAAAAACAUGGGACAAAGCGAAGCAGCGUGCCUGCGGCUCGAUGAGCAACUACAGAAUGUGCUCAUAACCAAACAACUUUCGACUUUGAUAUAUUCUCCCAGCUCAGGUGCAAUCUCCAUGCGGACGAAGACUAAGCUGCUGAAGCUGUCAACAUGCACCAAAUCAUCCUCGAUGUUAGGCAUUUUCUUGAUCGGCGAUUUCAACUCGUUGAUUCGGGUGGACGGACAUUGGGCAUCACCUCUCAUGUCCAUAUGUCUUCAGCAGGCGCAUUUCAUUCAUGGACGGAUUCAUAUAUUUGAUCUGAGCGUCCAUCCAUCUGCCAAGUUUGUGAACAUCAACGGUAUCUUCUUGCAAGCGCCUCGCCGACUUCCGUCCAUCUCCUCAAUGGCUUUACCGCGAGAUUUAGUGCGAACGCUCAUAUUGGAAGAAUCCUCCAGCAACCUAGGGGAGCAUGGGCGAAAUGAAGUCACAAUUAAGACAAAUUAUGUCUCGUUACCACCGCAGGCCCUCAUGAUUCUAUUCGGAAAACUCCCCGGCGAAACCUACGACUCGAUCCGGCCUCAUCUGAACUUCCUCCAGGAAUACUUCAAUGUGGAAGAAUUUUCGGGGACAGGCAUGAAUGAGGCGCAAAGACAACUGCAUAUUUUUCUCCGCAGUAUUUUCGCCUACAAUCGUCUUCUCGCGUCCAUUGCUCGCCGGGACGCGAUCCCUGCAAUUCAAGAUCCAGGAUAG